GGUGUGAAUGUGCAUUUCACCCAGGAACCUUCUGAUCCAAGCUACUUUAACAAUGGUAGUGAUGCCAAACUGGUGUGGGACUAUGCUGAUCCAGAAAAUAAAAUUCAACGCAUCACCUAUAGUGUUUUGGUAAAUGGGAAAUUUCUCAGAAUGAUAGUUAAUGGCAGUCAUGGUGUCCUAGAGCAUCCUGAAAUUCCUCCAUCUUUCAGAGGAAGAGUUAAAAUUGAAGGAAGAGCUACCCUGGUUAUCUAUAACAUCAACCCUGGAGACAAUACCAUUUUUAGAUGUGAAUUAAUUGGAAGCUUUUUGUACUUGGUACAAAGUACAGUGCAGCUGGAUGUAGCAGGUACACAUAACAGGCAUAACCAUUAAUAAUCAAACAUAAAUCAAAUGCAUUCAUAACUGUCAUAUUUUUGAGAUCUGAAGAAAGUAAACAUUAGCAUCAAUUUGUGCAAAACUUAUAUGCAGGGCUGAAAGUGGCUAACUAUUCAGACUUUGGGAACAAUAGAGCUACUUUUACUUGGCAUAGAACACCACACUCCUAAAAGAGAAAAUAUAUUCUAUCAUUUACUUUGCUGUUUCUUAUCGGAAAGAAAUCAGAGAAUUAUCAAAGAGUUAUUGCUUUAUUCUUCUGGCACCAUCUACUGGGUUGCUCUGUUAUGCAUCUUAGAUAAACAUUAUUAAUAUGAGUACUGAAAUUUUCUCCUAUGAAAUAUGUCAAUUAGAAAUGGUCAGUCAAAACUAGAAACAAUCCAACUGGUCCUAUGAUUUUGCUAGAUCAAUAAAGGAAACUUUGCAUGACCAAUCACAGGCAGCAUAUGACAUUAAUUUGGUGGUAAAAAAAUUAGUAUGGAUUUUCACACGUUUUUAAGGGGACUUGCCAACAGGAAUGAAAGUCGGUAUUGCACAGUUUACUGCAUUCUGAGGAUUAUGAUCUCUAACAUUUACAGAUGUAAAUUUGACCUCCCCAAGUAAUUUCUGACACUAAGGAGUAAGUGGAGACUUAGAAGAAUUGUGUGAUGGAGCAAAAUUUUCUUAAAGUUAUGAAAUCAAUAAACCAAUGAAGUCUAUAAUCCAAAAUCUAAAAAAAAGUUUAAUAGGGCCUAUCAUAGUUAAGAGGGAAGAUGGAAAUAUUUUAAGACAAACAAGUAGUAUUAUCCACCUUUUCAGACAAGCCACUCCAUUCUUAAGGAAACCACAUACAGUUUCCUCAACCUUUAAUACUUGCACAUAAUGUAGCACUCAGUACUAUUAAAAAUCAAGUUUUUACUUCUGCCAUUAAAUUAGAUUUUCCUCCUUUCACCAAUACUCUCUCAGCUACUCUGGCUAGCAAGAUCUUUUUUGCAUUCAUUACUCAAACCUUUAGUUUGCAACAAGGAUAUUACUUCCAAUACAAAGAUGAAUCAAGUGGUGUUUUUGGUGUCCCCUCUCCACUUUCUGCCUCUACAACUUCUUUCCAAUCAUCUCCUGUAGUUUCUUAGAGCUCUGAUGGAAUGAUGCUGCUUCAUUACAAAUAUAGACAGAUAUAGGAUAUAAAUAUAGAGAGAUUGAGGAUGUGUUUAAAUUGUUGAGUGAUAACCUCUCUGUUGGGAAGGAGCAAAACAUUUAAUGAUAUUAGUUAUAGGACAAAUUGUUAACAGUGGUCUCCAUACAGUCCAUUCUUAAUGCAGGGCAGUAAUUCGUUUUCUUUGUGUUUGAUUUGGGCUUAAGAACGUUUUAUUUAUGGGUGUGAUUCUUCAAAAUGCGGAGAAAAAGAAACUCCCCAUUCUGCAAACUCCUUUAGCAGAACAGUCAUAAUGAACAAUCAUCAUGUUUGAUAAAAGAACAAUCAGUACAAGGAGAUGAGUAAGUUCUUCUUUUAACUUUAAGUAAUGGGCAAGUAGCAUGCAGCAUGUCACUGGUAUAUUUUUAAUCUGGAAGAAUCCAUAGUUUCUCUUUCGUUAAAAUUUAAGUUCUCUGGAUUGAGGAUGUCUCCUGUAGAUCCUUUAUCAGACCAAGUUCCAAGUGAGGUGUUGCUUGAUUGCUUCUGUUCCUAUUUGUCUGUGCAGCACCAAAAAAGUUAUUUACAAAAAUGGGAGUUGCCCAAUGAGUUACGUCCUAAGUCAACCCUUAAUUCCCUUGGCUAGGGCUCUGCUUUAUAAGUUAGUUUGGAAUUAGUUCUCCGAUAGCUUGUGCCAACAGGUUGACUUAUACCAAAUGAAGUUUGAGCCUCCCUAUAUUAGUUGGUUGUUGGGGACCAAUUGCUCAAUGACUUUUAUUGAAAUUGGAUAAACUGUAAGACUCAGUCCAAGUAAGAUUUGCCACGCCAUACGAGGAGUGAUAAAGUCUCUUUUACCUUUCAGAGCGACCACUUAUAAACCUUCCUUUAAGAAGAAAAUAUUACAUUGAAGGCUCCUUUGUCACCUUAGCCUGUAGAGCUUCUGGGAAACCACUUCCGGAUGUAGCAUGGAUUAGAAAUGGAGUAUUGGAAAGUUCAGGGAAGGAAGCUGCGUUUUUAAAGUUCGAUAAUAUCCACAGAACAGACGCAGGACAAUAUACAUGUCGAGCCAAUAACUCAGUGGAAAUCACUUCUAUUGACACAACAAUUUUAGUUCACUGU